GGCCUGGACCAAUUCGGGAGCGGGGGCGGGGCAGGAGGCGGGACUAUAACCUCUCUCGGAGCGCGAGCUUCCAGGCUCCCCGGAUCCAGCGCGGCCGCUUCUUACACCCGCGACCCCGCAGCCAAACGCAGCUUUCGGCGCCAUGGACCCGGCGCUGGCCGCCCAGAUGAGCGAGGCUGUGGCCGAGAAGAUGCUCCAGUACAGGCGAGACACAGCAGGCUGGAAGAUUUGCCGGGAAGGCAAUGGAGUUUCAGUUUCCUGGAGGCCAUCUGUGGAGUUUCCAGGGAACCUGUACCGAGGAGAAGGCAUUGUAUUUGGGACACCAGAGGAGGUGUGGGACUGUGUGAAGCCGGCUGUUGGGGGCCUGCGAGUGAAGUGGGAUGAGAAUGUGAAUGGUUUUGAAAUUAUCGAAAGCAUCACUGAUACCCUGUGCGUAAGCAGAACUUCCACCCCCUCGGCUGCCAUGAAGCUCAUUUCUCCUAGAGACUUUGUGGACUUGGUGCUAAUCAAGAGAUAUGAGGAUGGGACCAUCAGUUCCAAUGCCAGCCAUGUGGAACAUCCGUUAUGCCCCCCGAAGCCAGGCUUUGUGAGAGGAUUUAACCAUCCUUGUGGUUGCUUCUGUGAACCUCUUCCAGGGGAACCCACCAAGACCCACCUGGUCACAUUCUUCCAUACCGACCUCAGUGGUUACCUCCCCCAGAACGUGGUGGAAUCCUUCUUCCCCCGCAGUAUGACCCGCUUUUAUGCCAACCUUCAGAGAGCAGUGAAGCAAUUCCACGAAUAAUUCGAUCGUUACUUGUUGGCAAAGAACCCCCGUGACUCAUCAAGGAACUCCAGCUGUCAGGACACCAGGGAGCCUGGGAGCACCCGAAGGCCUGUGUUUACUCUUUGGACCAAGCUGAUGGACUGCGCUUCUCUGAGAAUGCCAACCAGAGGCAGCAGCCCACCCUUCCUGCCUCCUGCCCGACUCAGGGUUGGCAUGUGAUGAGCCAUUAACGUGCUCCAAACUCUAUCUGCCUGUUGUCCAAACAUGCUCUCCUGGCAGGGUGGACCCAUUCUUCCGACCGUCUGACCAGGACUCGGCCUGGACACCAUGUGAGGCACUCUGGCCCCAAUCCUUCCUUUGCCUGUCACUCUCAGAGGCCAUGUUUCCCUGACUGUCAUAGAGAAUCACCAUCGCCACUGAAAACCAGGCCAUGUUGCCUUUUAAGCAUCUAUAGCUCCCUCAGUCCUGUGCUGCAGCACUAUAUCAGAAAAAACAUAUUUUUCUGAUAUCGACCUUGUAUACGGCUUUAAUGCUGCAAAAGAUUUUUUUUUUUCCUUAAAACGGUGUCAACUUGAAAAAUAAUGGUAUAAAAAUGGGAUAAGCAUUAAGGAAAAACACUUUCAAUGCCUCUUCCAUUUGAAUUUGUUUUCCUUUCUUUAUCCCUUCUGAGCAGACUUUCAUGUCCUCAGUGAAACCAGGCAGUGUAAAUCUGUUCCAGGACAAAUCAGCAGCAGCAGGGAUGAGUUCUCCUUGGAAGUAAUUCUGGACUGAGUGUGGACUCCUGUCUGCAUGGGGAACUUGGGGAGAAGAGGCUUCUUUUUCUUUCCCUUGGGCAUUUUCCUUUCCUUGUCCUCUGUUAUGGAGGCAGAGGCAGGAGGUCUAGGUCCUCCAGACCAUCCUGCCAUCAGGAAAGAUGGAAGAGCAAGCCUCCCGCUAGCAGCCCUGGCUGGAACUCCCCCCAUCUAGAUCCUGCUGCAAGACUGCAGAAACCCACAGGGGCCAUGUCCACCCAGGCACAUCAUCAGAACCAGGGAGCACAGCCUUGCCACCUGGAAGGGGCCUCAGCAGCCACACAACUUCCUUUCCCUGUCUCUGAUCCAGAGAAGGAUCCUCUAACAUUCCGUGGCAACCUCAUGUGCACCUCCGCCACCUUCCUUGUAAGAAAGAUGUGUCUUACUGAAAUUCUUCACAUCGCAUUUA